AUGCUGAAACUGGACCCCCUGUUUCUCUUGGUGGUUUCCAUGUCGUAUUUCAACCCCGAAAAGGCCUUGGCAGCCCCAGCAGAAAGCGAUGGAUCUACUCAAGGUCGAGUCCCUCUUGCUCCACCUUAUGCUGUGGUCCUUAUUUCCUGUUCAGGGCUAUUAGCCUUUAUCUUCUUGCUCCUCACCUGUCUCUGCUGCAAGAGAGGAGAUGUUGGAUUUAAGGAGUUUGAAAAUCCUGAUGGGGAAGAUUUUUCAGGGGAAUACACCCCUCCUGCUGAAGAGACUUCCUCUUCACAGUCCAUCCCUGAUGUAUACAUUCUGCCACUUUCAGAAGUGUCUCUACCUGUUCCUAACACCCAGGCGCCUAAAACAGUAAAACAGACAGGAUUCAGCAGACAAGACCUUAGUUAUCUUCAGGAGAUUGGAAAUGGAUGGUUUGGAAAGGUAAUCUUGGGAGAGAUUUUCUCAGACUAUACCCCAGCUCAAGUCGUGGUGAAGGAGUUGCGAGUUAGUGCCAGCCCAUUAGAACAAAGAAAGUUUUUAUCAGAAGCGCAGCCUUAUAGAAGCCUCCAGCAUCCUAAUAUUUUGCAAUGCCUCGGACUUUGCACAGAGACAAUUCCUUUCCUCCUGAUCAUGGAAUUCUGCCAAUUGGGAGACCUGAAGCGAUAUCUAAGAGCCCAGCGGAAGGCAGAUGGUAUGACCCCUGACCUCCUCACCUGUGACCUAACAACCCUGCAGAGAAUGGCAUAUGAGAUAGCACUAGGGCUCAUGCACCUUCAUAAAAACAAUUACAUACACAGUGACUUGGCACUAAGAAACUGCCUACUCACUUCUGAUCUGACUGUUCGAAUAGGGGAUUAUGGCAUCUCUCACAACAAUUACAAGGAGGAUUAUUAUAUCACUCCAGACCGCCUAUGGAUCCCACUGCGCUGGAUUGCUCCUGAACUCCUUGAUGAAGUUCAUGGGAACCUGGUUGUGGUGGAUCAGAGCAAGGAGAGCAAUGUCUGGUCUUUAGGGGUAGCGAUAUGGGAGCUUUUUGAAUUUGGAAGUCAGCCAUAUCGCCAUCUGUCAGAUGAAGAAGUCCUGACAUUUGUGAUCAAGGAACAGCAGAUGAAGUUGGCAAAGCCUAGACUCAAGUUGCCCCACUCAGAUUACUGGUAUGAAGUGAUGCAGUCUUGCUGGUUGUCCAUUGAACAAAGACCUACUGUGGAAGAACUUCACCUCCAGCUUACAUAUCUACUUAAUGAAUGCUCCAACCAGACAGAAGAAAGCUUUGAAUGGCGUUGGAAUGCACUUAAACCAAGCAAAACAUCAGUUGGCCCUUUACGACACUCAGAAGAGAUCUCUGCAUUUCCUCUUUUAGAUAAUUUUAAUGGUGGUGAUGGAUUUCAUGCUGACAUGGAUGACAUAUUGACUGUAACAGAGAGCAGUCGUGGACUCAACUUUGAAUAUAUGUGGGAGAAAGCUCGGCUUGGACGAUGGAAAGCACCCUCACAAUGCCAAGACUACCCACCAACUAAUGGGGGACUAACUGUACCUGCCAAUCCUUUUUAUGACUCCAGUCAUCAGCAUUCACGCCAGAGCUUGGAGACACCGAGUGUGGUUCCAGUGAUUAGUGCUCGUAGUCCCUCUGUAAGCAGUGAAUAUUAUAUUCGCUUAGAGGAGCAUACAGAUAGGGGGAGUGGUGUGGACUGUACUGUUUGUGCUCCUAGUCCAAUCUUUGAAAGAAAAUAUGAUUUACAAGAGCAGAGAUCACUCCACCAACAUGUGCCACUUGGGAGCCCAUCAUCACCUCUUGAACCUUUGUUUCCAUCUGACUGGGACCCUCUUGAGAGUGGAAGAACCAGCCCUGAUGAACCACCUGCCCAUCUGAUUUUGCAUGAAGUUCCUAAACUUAUAGACAGGUGGACACCAAGUAACAAUAACCCUUUUAUUGCUGUAGGAAGAGAAUUGCCUCGUUAUGUUAACCCAUUCAGAGGUUCAGUUGAAAGAGACUUAUCCCGACAGGUACAAGAGACCUCCCUAAUGGAACCUUUACAAGAUGUAUUUUCACCUGAUUCCAUUUUGAAUGUUUAUCAAGACAUUGAUGAUUAUAGAAGAAGUUGGGAUUCUGAUACAUUAGAAGAAAGAGGAGCAGGAGAGACUCUGGCUGGAGAUCCUGAAUCACUAGCUGAGUUUUUGGAUGACCGUUCUUCUCCUUGGGAUUGUGAAUGUGAACCUUCGCUAAUGGAAGACCAGAGUACAGAGAGCAGCAGUAGUAGCACAGACAAUAGUAAUCAUCGCAAUAUGCCCUCCUGCCCUUUGUGCAGUAGGGGAGUAAUGGGUAGCUUACAAAGGUGUACUUGUGCUAUGCUACGAGGGGACGUUGUCAUUGAUUGGACCACACAUGUUUCCCUACAUCAUGACCAUUAUGUUCUGGAUGAUGACUCUUCUUUAAAAGUUGAACAAGGUUCUUUAUCUGACUGUUCUGUACCAGCACGAACAUUUGGUGAUGGUGAUCUGUAUACUGGAUCCUUUGCAGAUAGUCUAUGCCCCCCAGAACACCAGGAGUUUUAUGACCCUCUUAUGGGAGCAGCUGUAAAAAGUUAUGAUAUUCAAGAUUAUCGGAAUCGUGGUCAUUUAAAGGUAUAUGAUUCUCUGCAAAAAAGUGUUUCCAAUCACCCACCAUCACCUUUUAUUGGUAUUUCUAAUUCAAUGGCUAAUUGCAGUGUCAUUGUUCCUAUUGAAAUCCCACCCCUGUCUACGCUAGCUGAGUGCAUUGAAGAGGAAGAGACUAUAGAGAUUACACCAGAUGUGCAAGAAAGAUUGCCAAUGAACCAUAAUUCUCUGCACACAGAGAAUACUUCUCAAAAUGUAUCUAAAGGAACAUUAGACUCUGAUUCAUUGGACAUUCCAUCUAACACCAGUUCAUCUGAUAUGUGUAGUCCAGCUUCUCACAACUCAUCCCCAGGGGAAAAGUUUGGAGACAGCAUCUAUGAAACAGAGAGCACUUCCUCACCUGAACCUAUUAUUAAAGACACAAAUGAAGGGGAAGAUGUGGAACUUAAAGAUUCAAAAUUACAGUUGACGCCAAUUUCAGAGUCAACUAGUGACUUGACAUUGACAGAGGACUUGUCUGAAGCACAAGCUACUCCUGUAGAUGAGGGAUCACUAAGAACACUUAAUCUGGAAAUACCGCAUAGAGAUUCUGCUUAUUUUUCUGAUUAUGAUACUGAACCAGAAAAGCAUUGUAGGGCAGCAAAACAAAGACUUAAUGAUGAGAGUCAUAAUGGAUUUUCUAAAGAAGAAGAAAUAGUAACAGAAAUAUUAAUACAAGAAAAUGAUAAACAUCAUAGAGAAGAGCAAAUGAUGGAAGAGAACAAUGACAUUGACACAGCUAUUAAAGCAAUGCCAGAAGAUGUGCCUUUUAUUUCAGAUGGCAAAGAAUACAAUGACCAAAUGGAAUUGGUUAUUGAUAAAAGAAUGGAUGUUGGAGAAGAAACUUUGAACUUUAAUGGUGGAUUAGCUUUCUUAACAGAGGAAGGUAAAUCAAGUUAUUUGGUUUCUAAAAACAAUGAUUCACACUUUCAAGAACAGAAUGAAAAGUCCCAACUAAUUGCUGAUGAGAAGAAUGCUAAUGACAAUAUGCUCAAAAAGCAACCAGAAAGUGGAUUUGUUGUUCAGGUUUGUAAAGAACAGCUUCUUGUGUCUUUGAGAGAAAAUGUGACUAGAAAUGUCCUAUCUACAUUUGAAUCAUCAGGAACAGUAAAUUCCUGUAUCCUAAAAGAUCAGGCUGUCCUGAAAUUGUGGUCAUUGGAGCCAAAAGCAAAUACAGAGCCUCUUAGAAAUGAGCUCUUCUGCAACAAGUCAUCUGAGCAUUUUGAUAAUCCAAAGCCUGUAGACAUUAAUCCUGUAAACAGUGAUCACAAUAAGGACAUAGACACAAGUAAAGAUUUCUCUACAAAGGAGCUAAAAGAAAUGAAUGAAGAAAUCAAUCAUAGUGUAAGUCAAUCACAUGAAAAUGAGAACAUGAUUGAUUUGGGAGAUAAAAAGGACGACCAUGUAACCUCUUCAGAUCCAAAUAUACCAAUAUCUGAACAGGAGGCUGAUAACUGCUUAAAAAUAUCAGAAGAGAAUCCUAUUACUAAAACAGAGGAGCAACAUCCAAAACUUUUCCUUGACUUUGGAGCAGCAUCAAACUUUGGAAGUGAGGCUAUAAAAGCAAAAGUAGCCAGACUGUCGCUAUCUCUUCCACCAUUAAACAUCCAAGCAUUCCAGAGUUCUGGUGUUCGUAAGUCUUUCUGGGACAGGGGGGAGGAAAACAUACAUGACUUAUCUUAUAAAGAAGAAGAGGAAGAGGAAGAGGAUGAUUUUGGUUUUCCAAAACAGCCGAAAACAGGCUCAGAAGCUGAAGGAGAUGCAGUGGGAGUUCCCAUUGUUGUGACUGAGAUGGAUGAUGGACGCUAUCUGCGCAGCCUACUGAAAUCACCAAAAUCAGCUGAUGAAGUAGAUGAUGAUCUUGAUAGAAAGAGGAAGAUGGUGUCCUUUUUUGAUGAUGUCACAGUUUACCUAUUUGACCAGGAAACUCCAACAAAUGAAUUGAGUAAUCAAAAUAUGGAGAAUGAUCAGAGUUCACAGAAUUCCUCAGUAGACUCAAGCAUUGAUGCAUUUUCAACAUCUGAUGGUUUCAGCGAAAGUUUUGAAUGGGAUGAUGAUUUUCCAUUAAUGACCCAGAAUUCAACAUUUAUUCCUAUGGCAAAUGAGGGAGCCCUUAUGAAGUCCCAGAUAAGUCCAACAUCGCCAGCACCCCACAACUCAUUUCAAGGAAAGAAGGUUGAAAAUAACCUGAUGGACUCGUUGAGAUUUACUCGUUUUACAGUCUCUCCAGCUGUGGAUCCACAUUUGACAGGGUGUGAGACUGAUAUUGCAUCCUCUGCAGGCACUAUUGAAAACUGAAUCUGCAAGCACUUCUACAGGAGAGACUACCGUCUCAAAAGAAUAAUAUAACCAGCAUGGUCCUGUUCUUUUAUCUGCCAUAGAUAAUCUGCUUGGACAUUUCCAAGCUAUGGAACAAAUACAUGAAAAAGUAAGAUAGGUCUCUACAGGAUUAAC